AUGGUAUGGAUCUUAGCCUUCACUUGCGUUUCGAAGUCAUGGUUUGUCCUAAUCAACGACCCAGAUUUCAUCGAGAUUCACCUCAAUCGCUCCAUUAAGACCAACCGAGAACGCGCUCUCAUUUCAGAAGCACACAAGGGCCUUACGCCGCAGACUUACUACUCGGUAAACUUUUCCGACAAGAAACGGUCCAGCAAGCCGGUGGAGAUCUACCGGCCAUUCAACCAUCCAGGAGAAAUGUUCAAUAAAAUUGUAGGCCAUUGCAACGGCCUGGUUUGCCUCCAUAUCUGUUCCUUUUGUUGCUCCUUUGAAGAAAUAAACAAAUAUCCCAAUUAUGAGAUUGUGAUUUGGAAUCCAUUGAUCAGAAAAUACAAAAAGUUACCCUUUAAGCCGAUAGAAAAUCCUGAUGAUUAUGUGUUAAAAGUAGCAUUUGGGUAUGACCAAAUCAACGACGACUACAAGGUUGUAUGGAUUUUGAAGCCCCGUCCACGGCUUGCCUCUGAUCUUGCAAGUGUGGCCGAAGUUGGUCAUCAUGUAUAUAGUCUUAGAGGAAAUUCUUGGAGAAUGGUGGAAGACAAAUGGCCUCACAAGGAUUUGUAUUUGCAUAUGCAUUGCUCGGCUUCCUUGAACGGUGCUUUGCAUUGGGUGGCUGGUCGGAGCGGGUUAACAAGUGCCAUUGUCGCACUCGAUCUCAACACUGAGAAAUUUCGAAUGCAUGCGGAGUACGGGGUGGCGGCGAGCAAUUGGACAUGGCUUUAUAGGUUGCCGCAUAGUCCACAACAAACUCCUUCCUACUCCAAGCCUUUAGCCCUCUCAAACAAUGGCGAAGAGGUUUUGAUGCAUGAGUAUUCAGGGAAACUUUAUUGGUAUAACAUAAAAAAGAAGAGAAGCAGGAUUGUUGAGAUUCAAAAAAGGAAAAGGAUAGAAGAAUCCGAGUUGAACUUUGUUGUUGUGGGAAGCCUCCUUCUCCUUGAUGGGGAGCUUGACCAUUGA